ACGUAAGACACAAGUGAUGCCUGGCCAAAAGUUUCACAUGAAGAUAUGGUUGGUGGCACCUCUUGUCGUGUCUGUCAUAAUUGGGCUAGUAAAGACAAAACAUACGAGGGAAUCAAAAGCUACUGACAGAGAGGCUGUGUUGGAUGUCAACCCACCUCCUGUCAUUGAUGAUGUAUCACCAACAGUCGAGAGUCUGAUCAGUGGAUUAACUGGCAACAAAAAAUUUCUCCGUGGAGGAGACCGUGUGUGGCAGUCACCAAGUAACAUCAAAGACGGUAAACGGCAUUCUAGAGUAAGCGCCAGUGUUGGAGAUCUUGUUGACGGACUGUCAGCAGCAGUCGGUAGUGUAGUAACGACUGUUACAGACAACAUAGGUUUGCAACCCAGAGGAAAUAGACUGAUGAAGUCAUAUAAAAACUCCAACCGUGACGAGAGGGGAACAAGGGUGAACGCCAAUGUGGGAGAUCUUGUUGAUGGGCUAUCAACAGCAGUAGGCAGUGUAGUAACUACUGUUACAGACAACGUAGACUUGCAACUCAGAGGAAGUGGACUGAAGCAAUCAGAUCGAAAUUCCAACCGUGGCGAGAGGAAAUCAAGGGUGAACGCCAAUGUGGAAAAUCUUGCUGAUGGACUAGCAACAGCAGUCGGCGAUUUAGUGACUACCGCUACAGACAGUAUAGACUUGCAACUCAGAGGAACUGGAUUGAUGAAGUCACCUCUAAACUCCAAUUAUCACAAGAGAGAAACAAGGGUGAAGGCCAAUGUGGGAGAUCUUGUUGAUGGGCUAUCAACAGCAGUCGGCAGUGUAGUAACUACUGUUACAGACAACAUAGGCUUGCAACUCAGAGGAAGUGGGCUGAUGAAAUCAGAUCGAAAUUCCAUCCAUGGCAAGAGGAAGACAAGGGUGAACGCCAGUGCGGGAGAACUUGUUGAUGGGCUAGCAAUAGCAGUCGGUGAAUUAGUGACUACUGCUACAGACAGUAUAGACUUGCAAGUCAGAGGAUCUGGAUCGAUGAACUCAGCUCGAAACUCCAACCGUGGCUAGAGGGAAACAAGGGGAACGACAGUGUGGGAGAGCUUGUUGAUGGGCUAUCAACAGCAGUCAGUGACAUUGUAACUAAUGUUGUAGACCACAUUAUUUUGCGCCAUAGAGGUAAAUGAAUGACACAUUCAGGUCUUAAGGAUGAGCUGAAGGAGUUUAUGUACGUAUAAUAGUGGUUAAGUUACGGAACACUAAUAGUUUAUACACUUAAUUUGCUUUGUCUACCUCAGAUUUAAUAAAUAAGAAAUGGUAUAAAUAAUUACAAAGAGCUGAAG